AUGAUAGGGUCUACUUUGCGUACAAAAGGUAUGGUGGGUAGAUGGACAGAAAUUAGAGAGCGCAUCACAUAUUCAUACAAUAAUCUUAGGCAUUCUAAUGCUGCACAGACACCGAUGAAUUUGUUUUUUUGGUAG